CAAUCGUCAGCGGUGUUCAGUCCCAGCUCGAUUUUGUACGUGUACCUCAGUUCGUGUUCACUUCGUCGUAUCCUGUCGUCAAGGGCACCCAUGUCUUCCCGUCACCUCGUGAGCGUAAUGUUCCUGCGCAAUCUGUGCCUGCUGGUCGUACUGUUUCGCGGGACUGUAUGCUACCCCAGUGGAGCGCCGCUUCAGGCCUGCAAUGACAUGAUGCCACAACAUGGCACGGCGGCCUCCAACGAUAAGGGUAUCCUUGACCUGACCGCUGCGAUCGACGGCAAGCGAAGCGUCAAGGUGGUUUUGACUGGGACCUUCAAGGGUUUCCUCAUCAAAGCAGUGAGCAAAGAUGGUGGCGUGGUAUCGGGAAAGUUCACGAUUGACAAGCCCGACACAAUGAAAGGGUUGGAUUGCGAUGGCCAUACAGACAGUGCUGUCACUCACACUCACAACGGGGACAAGAAUUCUGUCGCAGUCACGUGGACAGCUCCGGACAGCUUUACUGGAGACGUCAUGUUCAGGGCUACCGCUGUGAGGACAAAGCCGGAUUUCUACGUCGGUCUGAUGUCAUCAGCUAUAAAAAUAGAGGCCCCAUCGCCAAGCGACAGCGAUAAAGGCGACAAGGACACGAAACCUGGGAAGAGCGGCGGUAUCACCACAUCGCUUUCAGGGAUCGCCGUCUGGCCACUUGCUGUGGCCCUCAUCGGCGUCGUCUUGAACGCACAGCGUCACUGGCUAACGUUCCACUAGCGGGUUCAGUGGACACGGGCUCGUCACCCGUCACAGUGCUCAUCAUCGCAUCAUGAGACGUCUCACGGUUGUUCUCAUUGUGCUUUACCAAUUAUAGCAUGUUGCAGAGACCCAAGGGGUUGUGAAUGCCUUGACUGAGCAACAUUUGCAGCAAUAUUUCUUUGCCUUUUUUUUGCUUUGCUGUGGCUGUGCGUGUUCACGUUGUUGUUGUUAAUAAUAAAUAUUGCUCAUUUCAUUAUUAUCAAAUA